GGAAUAUCUCGAUACAGAGGAGGAGUUGAAUCUCGCUCUCUUAUUUCCUUCACAUCGCAAUUUACCAGCAUCCUGCAAGCUCCCCCCCCUCCCCCCAACUUUCAGAGCUCCACGUGUCUCAAACACCUGAAACAUGACGAAAUCUACUUCGCGACAGAAGACCAACAACGCCAACACUAGCGCUGGAAAGAACGCGACCACCGCCCCCACAACACCUGCGAACCCGGCCAGCACUAAAAUUACCAACAAAAACACGAACGUCACCCAGCAUGCCAACAAGAACACGGGCAAAAUGUUCGCACUCACUGAGGUGACUACGGCAAGCGUGCAACAAGCUCGCCAGAUCCGCAAGACGGACUUCGAGCGCUUCCAGAAAUUCCACAACUUCUUCAUGGCUAAUGAAGAACCGACUGCACGUGUGAUAAACGACAAGGCUAACGCCAAGCGUGAGAUAGUGGACAAGUGGAUUGGUGGCGCUGUGAGCCCGAAGACGCUCGCGUGUAUCCAGGAGAUCCAGGAGACUCAAUCGGGACUUCUGGAACUGCUCAUCGUGUCAGCAGCACUCACCAAAUACGGCGAGAAGGAGCUGGCUCGUAGAGACAGUCUAGGCGAGAUGGACUACGUGGUAGGUGCUCGCUUCGGCACGAAUGGGCUGCGCUCGAAGCAGCACGCACCACACAGUGUAGGCUUGAAUUUCGUGCUGCGGUUGGUGCUCGGUCUGGCACCGGAGAAGCGUAGCUCGUGUGAAGUCUUACGUGAGAUCCUGGGUCACGAGAGCAACGGACGCCUUGCAUUAAUCCCAACAGAAAGUGGUCUGCAGCCGUAUUCUGAUGCUACUGCUUCAUACUCGGAUGACUGGGCCGAGCUUAAGCCAGAUCAGCUCCGUCAGAUGGCAAGUCAGACGCAGUCCGACAAGUUCCAGGACACCAUGCAGCAGCUCAGUGGUGAGCACCUGUACGAUGCGAUCCGUACACAGCUGAAGCAGACUGGCGGUGCGUCAGUGUGGGAUGCUACUAAGGACAAGUCUGCACUCAAGGUGAAGAACAUCCGUCCGCGCAUGGGGUCGGCUGACAAGAAUGCAAAGUCGAAAAAGGAGGCCGAUCGUCAGCAGAAGCAGCCUGUGAAGAUAAAUGAAGCUUCCCAAGUGAAGAAACAUCUUCCGGUUGAGGUUGAGAAGGUGACGCUGGUUCCUCCACCGGCCCCGGUGAUCAUGAAAUCGACUACCGAUGCAGCUACCAAGAAAGAGGGUGGAAAGAAGAAGGGGAAGAAGGGGAAGAAAGCGGACGCGGAGAAGAAUGUCGCCCCUGUUAAGGACGCCACUGCGGUGAAGAACAUUGCGACUACCAGCCAGAAAGCUGGUGCCAUCAAGAGCAGCGCGCGUGACGGUCGGGCGGUUGUCUCCAAGGCCCUCUAGACGUGCAUAUUUGGUGAUGCACUCAUCUUUCAUCUCAAGAGAUUUAUUAAUAAACUUUUUUUAAAUAUAA